CGGCUCGCUGAGUUAGUCUAGUGGCAACAGGUAGAUGGUGAACACGAUCAAAGCAAUCAAUCCGCGCGUGCUUAGAUAGCUGCCUACUCCAAUCACAAACCGGAAUUUCGGGAAGAAGAAUACACAAGAAUCGUGCAGAGGAAGUUUCUAAACAGCUAACGAGGCCCCCUCUCCCCUCUCAUAGCAAAAGUAGUCCCCCCGCGCGUACAAGUCGGAUUACAGUGCUGAUCUUCCACAGUGGCGUGUUGAAGGUUCUUCAUUUGCAUCGACUCGGGUCAGUUUUCGGUGGAGGUUGAAAGCAUUUAAACGGAAGACCCGUAUUUAAAGGAAGAAGAGGAAGCCAAAGGCAGGUGCUUGUGUUGGUGUGUCGAGCGCAACAGAAUCAAGGUUCUAGCGUUGGGACCUCUGCCGAAGCGCAUCGUCAUCGAGUGGUGUGUUAUUAUAUUCCUCCGGCUGAGGUUCUUGUUUAUUGGUCUUUGGGGCCAUCCAGUGGACACAGUGAAGUGAAGACUCGACCUUAAACGGGCAACUGCGACCAGUUUUGUUUUUGUGCCGUCGAGGCGUUUGAAGAUAUAAGAGCAGAAGAAGAGGUUCUCUCUCUCCUGAAUCGCUCACAACUGUGGCGCGCGGCAACGAAACGAACGUGGACAACUGCAAAGGGCGCUUCCUCCAGCCCAAUUAUUUCUCAGUAUCGACUGGUGGCAGCUGGUGAUAAGACGUCGUUUGAUUAGCAUCAGAGAAAAUGUCCAACAAAAAAGACAGCACCGCAUCGAAUGGGACAAAGUACGAGGCCCGUCUCUGUCACGUCGUGAAGCGAGAGGACUUCGACGGAUAUGGAUUCAACUUGCACGCGGAGAAAGGCCGUCCUGGACAGUACAUCGGUAAGGUCGACGAUGGAUCUCCAGCGGAAGCAGCAGGCCUUCGUCAAGGUGACCGGAUCAUCGAGGUCAACGGCACCAACAUCACCACAGAGACUCACAAGAAGGUGGUGGAGUUGAUCAAGGGUGUACCGAACGAGACGAAACUACUGGUGAUUGAUCCCCGGGCUGAUGCAGCAGAUUUGAAAGCAGCGAUCGCCAAAAGUAAGAACGGUGUCAACGGUGUGGAUGUGAAUGAUAACAGCAAACAGCAACCAGUGAUGAUGACUACGGAGGAAGAGACGAACAAAAUGAGCAACGGCACGAAGGCGGGGGAUUCGAUGGACAACAAGCAUGACGUCAACGGUGGCACCAAGGAGGAAAUGAACAACAAGAGGAACAGUGAUAUGAGUGCUAAUAAAGCGCCGGCGACGAUGAUGGCGACAAAUGGCGAUGCAUCGCCAAAGCAACAACAGAAAUCCGCAGCCGUUGAUCAGAUUAUCGAGGACACCAAGGCCCUGUCAGUGUCUCCGACCAAGGCAGCCACAACGCCAACGGAAUCGACGAAGAAGGCGAUGAAUGGCAGUAGCAACGGCAGCACCGCAAACGGAAGCGCAUCCAAGGAAGGACCCAAGCUUAACCUCAAUAUGACCGCGGCCGAGCUACGUGCCCAGCUGGCAGCCCGGAAGAAGUACGACCCAAAGAACGACGUGUGCGAUUUGCGUAAAAAGUACGAAAUCAUUCAGAAGAUGUGAUAUGUUUGCGACGAGCACAACCCUAAUUUGGUAUGCAUGCAAGAAGAGCAAGAGCGAUCGAGCGUGUCUACAUGGAAGAACGUUCGAACACACAUACACAAACACGAACACACGCUCGAUCACUCUGGAUCGGCUAGUUACUUAUAUCCUAGGCGAAUAGUUUGUAGUAAAAUGUUUUUGUUCGCAAUUACAAACAUCAGUAUUGAUUCAGACGAUUCUUUUGAAUAAUAACAACAGUUGGUUCAAUAGAUUCGGAUCACAUGGCGGCAUCAUGCGGGAACAAAUUUAGAAUACCAAUUACAUGGUCACAGCAAACCGCACGUGUGCAGCCUACCCCGAUUGCAAGCAAUCUGAAUCUAUUGAACCCGCUAUUCAAGCGCAUAAAAAAAACUGCCCGCCUACUUGGACGCCCGGAUUACCUCUGUACAGAACAUCGAUAAUGCGCAAUUCGGGUCAAGUAGACGGCUUACACACGCAUAUCAUGAAGAAUUACUUAAAACUAGGGAUGAUUAGAGUUAGCAAGCGCGAUAUCAAACACUAGUUUAUUACCACACAGUUUUUUGAUAUAUCAUGGGGGAAAACAACAAAUCCCAGGUGUAAUAAAUGAAGUCGCAGUCCUCCCGCCAAUCGAACGCUAUUCUCGUGCCGUGUCGUUAUCUCUGUCAGGAAUGCGUGCGCACUUGCGUCAAUUUCACCCGCGAUAAGACACCGAUGUAAGAACAAAAGUGAAAUCACUUCCCCUCUUGCUGGAAUUGCAUAUGAAGAAGUACACGGUCUCCCAAUAUGUACAGUAACAGUAAAUUAAUUAGCGGCAAUCGAGAGCACCGCGCGCUGUUUACCGGAGGCAAAUUAGGCGACGACGGCACUGAAAGUUUAUCCGCCGCCGCGCCAAUGGGAAUUCGAUAUCAAACAGCGUGCCAAGGUCACCCCGAAGCAUAUCGUAUCCAAAUGAUAGACCAAUUAGCAGCGGAAAAAAGGUGACAAACGAGAAACAAUAAACUUCGAAUGGCGGCAGUUCGGGACAAUAAUUAGUGGGCAAACGCGAGGACGUGACAAAUUGUAGGAAAUGCGAAAAUCACCUCAAGCAGUACAGCAUGGGUAUUGUACCCAGAAAAACAACACAAACAAACAAACAAACGAUGAUAAUAAUGAUGAUAAUGUGCCAAAAUUUUCAAACAAACUCUGAAAAGCUACCUAUCUACCUACCAAUCUAUCUGUUUCCUGUAGAAAAAAAGCGUAUUAAUAUUUUGAUAAUGUCUUCAAGAUUGGGAAAGUGAGGCGGAAAUUUGAGAACGAGACAGCUAGAAUGCAGCAACCAGUGCUGUAGAACGUAACACUUGUAAUUAAUGUUUAACAGUAUAUGAUAAUAUAUUUAUAGUGAAAGUAA